UGAGAGCUAAGGUAUCUAGGUAUCUCGAGAUGGAUGGAGACCGACCUACGUCAUGGUCUCGACGCCCCCUUCUGUGAGAAUGAAGGCCUAUUUCCCUCUUCGCUGUAGCCAUAUAUUACUCGACAUCUUCUCCUUCGACUAAUUGUUUCGACUUCCUUCAUAUUUCUACUUGAACCUACUAUACCCCCAACAACUGCAAUUUUAUGAACAACUCCCUAUCAUACGCAUACUACUCAUUCCCACCAACAUCAAACCGUAUAUCUCCUUCCUCACAGCGUUCCACUAAUUCAACCCCAAUUGAACCACAAACCCCUACCAAACCCUCUAGAACUCCCCGCACAUCCAAACUCAUGGCUCCCACACCAGCGGCAGGCAAGACCGGCAGCACGCCGCGCACGCCUGGCAAGACACCCACGAAGCUAGGCAGGAAGCCACAAUCCGCCGUCAAGAACCCCUCAGAAUCCACUGCCGAGCCCAAAGACAAGGCAAAAGAACUCCCGGAGCAAACUGGGAACCAAGUGGAAAUGAAAGACGACGACGACGUCCGUACCGGCAAGGAAUCUCAGACCUCCGGUGAGCUUGAAGAGCAAGAGCCCAAACCUCUAGAAGACGACGAAGACACCACGGCCGGCGCAAAAGACACUACCGCAGGUGCCGAAGGUGAUGCUGAAGAUACCGCCGAUAACCUCACUGAGAAGGCUGGCGACACCGCCGACGAUGUUGAAGAUACAGAAGACACGGACGAGGGCCAGGACGUCGUAGGCGGUGCCACUGAAAGCGCACAGAAAAAGGGCGGUGACAUCCUUAGCGGCGCUAGAGGACUGGCAGGCCGCGCAUCAGGUCUCGCCGGCAAGGCUAGCAAAGACUCGAAAGAUACCGCGCAAGGAGCUUCCGAGCAUGUCCCGAGUGAUGCUGGCGAUGCGCAACAACCCCUGGACGAUGCCGCCGAGGGUGUGAAAGAGACCACGGAAGAGACCACGGAAGACCCCUCUGAAGACGCCGACAACACUGCCACCGACCUCAGGGACCAGGCUGGCGAAGCUGCUGGUCAGGACCUCCCCGACGUCCCCGAUCUCUCCAUCCUCAAGGGCCUCGAGGUCCAAGACGACGGAUUGGUCGUGAAUCAAGAAGGCAGUCCCAUCGGCAAGCUCGCCGAAGGCGACGCCGAGGACCUUGCUGGCUACCAGAUUGGCGACGAUGGCGAGAUUCUCGAUGACGACGGCGAUCUGGUUGGCCGCUGUGAACUUCUCCCCGACGCGCUCAAGGACCAAAUCCAGAAAGCGAAGGAGGAAGCCGACAGUGCUACUGGAAACGUUCCCGACGUCUCCAUUCUCAAGGGCCUUACUGUGGACGCCACCGGACAGAUCAUCAACGACGAUGGCGAUUUCAUCGGCCAGUUAGUCGAGGGAGACCCUGCGGAUUUGCAGGGUCGCGAGAUCAACGAGAAGGGUGAGAUCCUUGAUGAUGACGGUGAUGUCAUCGGCCGCGCCCAGGUCCAUCCCGACGCUGCGAACAUCGUCGACCAAGCCAAGGAGGGCGCCGAGGCCGCUACCGAGGAAGCUGGCGAUGUUGCUGGAGAGGCCGUCGAGGACGCCGCCGACGAGACCGGCGAAGCCAUCGACGGUGCUCAGGAGGCUGCUCCUGAACUUCCCGGCAUCGAAGCCCUCGAAGGAAAGAAGAUCAACGAAGAAGGCGAGGUUGUUGACGACGACGGCAAUGUGCUUGCUCAACUCGCCGAGGGUGAAGUUGACCAGGUCAAGGGCCUCACUCUAAACGAUCAGGGCGAGGUUAUUGAUGCCGACGGUAACGUCCUUGGCAAGGUGGAACUUACUGACGGCGCUGCUGAGAAGCUUGGCGAAUCCGUUUCCCCCCAUAUCCGCAUCUUGGAGGGCUUGAAGGUCAACAAGAAGGGCAAGGUCCUCGAUGAAGAGGGUGAAGUCAUUGGUGAACUCACCGAGGGCGAUGCCAAGGAUGUUGCCGGUAAGGCCAUCAACGGCAACGGCGAGGUCCUCGACAAGAGUGGCAAUGUCAUCGGCAAGGUGCAGGUAGUACCUGGCGACGCCGCGAACGAUGCCAUGGUGGCGCUCCAGGAACGCCUGGGCGACGUUGUGGAACCGCAAUUGAAGGAAACCGUUCCGGACCUCGACAUCCUGGAAGGUCUCAAGGUCAACAAGAAGGGACAAGUCCUGAACGAAGACGGCGAUCCGGUCGGUGAACUCAUUGAAGGAGAAAUCGCUGAUUGCGCUGGAAAGAAGAUCAAUGACCAAGGCGAAGUCCUCGACAGUGAUGGAAAUAUCAUCGGAAAGGUCCAGCCUCUCGCUCAGCAAGUUGGAGAGGACAUUGAGGGAGGCUCUGAAGCCGAUGAAGAAGCUGGUGAGGGCGACAAUCUCCCACCGCUCUCUAUCCUCGAAGGCCUCAAGGUCAAUAAGGCUGGCAAGCUCAUCAACGAUGACGGCGUUGUUGUUGGCGAGCUCACCGAAGGCGAUGCCAAGAGGCUCUCAAAGCUUGGUGUCACCUGCGAUGGUGAAGGCCAGUUCUGGGACUCCAAGGGCCGCGUCAUCGGCCGCGCCCAGACUGUUCAGGUCGAAGAACAUGAAGAAGAAGGACCGUUCGCCGGUCUUGAAGGCCUCAUUGUCACCAAGGAUGGAGGUGUCCAGGACGGAAACGGUAACAUCGUCGGCCAGGUAACCGAGGGCGAUCCGAAGAAGCUUGUUGGACGCGCCGUCGACGAAGAUGGAGACAUCAUCGACAAGCGCGGCAGCGUAGUCGGCCAUGCUGAACGCGUCGAUGAAGAGGAAGCACCCGAAGCCGAGCCCGUAGACCUCUCCAGCUUGGCAGGCCGCCCGUUGAACAAGCAAGGCAACAUCAUCGGCGACGAAGGUGUACCGAUCGGCCGCUUGGUCGAGGGGAACGCCAAGGAACUCUCCGGAAAGCAACCAGAUGCGGACGGAAACAUCUGGAAUGACUCCGGAAAGGUCAUUGGUCGUGUUGAUCUCAUUCCCGAGAAUGAGCGCGAGACGAAGCCGGAAGGCGUCUUUGGCGGUCUCCAGGGCCUCAAGGUGGCCGAGGGUGGCAAGGUCGUCGACGAAGAUGGAAACGAGGUCGGUCAGAUCGUCGACGGCAACGCGAAACGCCUCGUGGGCAUGUCUGUUGAUGAGGACGGAGACAUCAUCGACAAGUACGGGAACGUCAAAGGACAUGCCGAGCCCCUCGAGGAGGCCGAAGAGGAAGAAGUCGACCUGUCUAUCCUCGAUGGCAAGACUCUCAACAAGCAAGGGUUCGUUGUCGGCGAUGACGGUAUCCCCAUUGGACGUCUUGUUGAGGGUAACGCGAAGGACCUUGCUGGCCGCAAGUGCGACGGCGACGGUCAGAUCCACAACGACACCGGCAAGGUCGUCGGCCGCUGCGAACUCAUCCCCGAGAACGAGCGCGCCGGCCGCGGCGAAGGACCAUUCGCUGGCUACGAGGGCCUCCGCGUCAACCGUGACGGCAAGGUCGAAGACAUUGACGGCAAUGUUGUCGGCGUGCUAAGCGAAGGCGACUCGAAGCGUUUGGUCGGCCACCAGGUCGACGAGGACGGAGACAUCAUCGACAAGUAUGGCAACGUCAAGGGCCAUGCGGAUACAUGGCAGGAGGAGGAAGAGGCGCCAGAAGACCUCUCGGCGCUGGGUGGAUGCACGGUCAACAAGGCUGGCAACGUCGUCGACUCCUCCGGCAAUGUCGUCGGCCGUGUUGCUGAGGGCGAAGCCAAGCAGAUGGUCGGCAAGAAGGUCGACGGCAAAGGUCAGAUCUGGGACAAUGCGGGCAACGUCAUCGGCCGCGCAGAGAUUGUCAAGGGCGCCGACACCACUCCUGACGGACCGUUCUCUGGUUUUGACAGCCUCACUGUUGUGAAAGACGGCACCGUGCAGACCCCUGAUGGCUCCAUCGUUGGUCGCAUCAUUGAUGGAGACAUCAAGAAGCUUGUUGGACAUCACCCAGAUACGGACGGGGAGAUCCAGGACAAGAACGGCAAUACUAUCGGCAAGGCAGAGCGCUGGGAGCCCGAGGAGAAAGAGCGCGUCGUCAGCCCGAUGUCCGGUCUUCGCGUCAACAAGGAGGGUGAAGUGCGAGACAACAAUGGAGACAUCCUUGGACGUCUCACAGCUGGCGAUCUUGGUCACUGUGCUGGUAUGGAGGUUGACGACAAUGGAAACGUUGUCGACAACGACGGCAACAAGGUUGGAGAAGUAACUCUCCUCGAGCACAUCCAGGAGGAAGAGCCUGAGGAGAAGACCGAGGAUGCCGAACUGGCCGACAAGAUGGCCAACAUCUGCCAGCAGACUUUGGAGCGCAUCCAGCCUGUAUGCAAGCAGAUCACCGAUUACAUCGAAAAAGCAGAUAGCACCCCUCGCGAAGAGCUCGACGAAGAAGAGCUCGUCAACAACGUCAAGCCUCUCAUCGAAGAAGGCGGCCGCAUCCUCCAAGAAUGCAAUGGCGCCCUCCGCGGCCUCGACCCGGACGGCCGCAUCGCCUCGCAAGCCAAGGGCCGCGCCGCCACACGGGAGGCCACUCCGGAGGAAUACCGGCUCGCGGACCUCCUCAAGGAACUCACCACUACCGUCGUUACGACAAUCGACAAUGCGAAGAAACGCAUCUCGGACAUGCCGCAUGCGAAGAAGAAGCUGAACCCCCUGUGGUCGCUGUUGACGGAGCCGUUGUUCCAGAUCCUGGCGGCGGUGGGGUUGUUGUUGGCGGGUGUGUUGGGGCUUGUGGGACGAUUGCUCAGUGGGCUGGGCUUGGGUGGCCUGGUCAAUGGCCUGCUGGGAGGAUUGGGCAUUGAUAAGUUGCUUGGUGGGCUAGGGCUAGGAAGCAUCACGGAUGCUUUGGGUGGUGGGAAGAAGGAUAAGAAGAAGGGUGGUGCGGGCUCGUUGCCGUUGGUUGGUGGAUUGCUUGGUGGAGGGAAGUAAGCUAGCUGUUGGAUUCACAGGUUGAUGAUUUCGGCUAAAAGUUUUCUUGUCUCGAUAUGAGUGUACGAUUCUUGAUGUUCUUUUCAUAUGUAUCACGGCUGGGGCGUUGGGAAUGGUCUUUCCUUUACCUUGUAUAUCUAGACGAUAAUGAGAUCAGUUCACUGAAAUAUUCUCUUGGAUCAACAGGCUUCUAUGAUCCGUAUCCCUUGUCUGGGUUAAGCAGUAGGAGAUCCGUACUAGCACGAUACUCCACUGGCCAUCGCAUGUGUAGUGGUAGGAGUCAGUAA